UGAAAAAAAUGGAGUUAUGGUGGAAGAAUUUAUAUCAGAAAUCUGGGAAAUUCCUCAUUUCUCCCACCAUGAAACAAUCCUUUCACUUGCUCGCCAUCCUCCUCCUCAGCCUUUGGCUCCCACUUGCAUUCCUCCUCGUCGCCAGGCUCUCUUUCGUCAAUUACGUCUUAAACGCCACCGUGUCGGACCCUUCGACGCCUUCUUUCCUCUGGUCUUUCUACUUCUACACCAAUCCAGCUCUUAUCUACCUACUCAUCACGUCCGUCAGCAUCGCCGCUCUCGCGCAUGGCUUGACUGGGAAACUCAGCUUCGUAACCGAGUCAACGGAUACCACCACUCAUCGUCGGCGGCUCCGUUUGUACAUUGCUUGGAUUGUUUUAUGCGUCGUGCAAGUCUCCGUCGGACUGGGGAUCGAAGGAAGCGUGGCGGUAGGAGUCGACGGUGCCGGUUUCGGCGUGAAAAGGAGUUUUUUUAGUAGAAUGAUUUUCUUCUUGGGUUUGCAUGAGAUCAUUCUUGUUUGGUUCAGAACGGUGGUGAAACCGGUGGCGGAUGACUCGAUCUUCGGAUGUGUUAGUGAAGAGAGGUGGGUUUAUAGGACCGCAAUCGCGGUGGCGGCGGGUACGUUGUGGUGGUGGAAGCUGAGGGAUGAAGUUGAGUCAUUGGUGGUUGUGGUGGAAGCUAAGAAGGAGCUGUCGAUGGACAUUGAAAUGGCCGAUUUUCUGGGUUGGUGGAUAUAUUACCUGACCGUCACAAUCGGCAUGGUUAGGGUUGCUAAAGCUCUCCUUUGGCUAGGGUUUGUCUUGCUUUGUAGACGGGAUCAUGUUGAUGAAACAAUCAGCGAGGAAGAAGAUGAAGACAAGGUAUAA